AUGAACCCCUAUGCGGUUCUAAACCUGGAAAAAGAGGAAUUGUACACUGAUGAUCAAGUAAAAGAAGCUUACCGAAAGGCUUUGUUGCAAUUUCACCCGGAUAAACGAAAAGAUAUUCAGCCUGGUCGAUAUAGCGUUGACCAAAUUCGUGAAGCCUUUCAAAUUCUCGCAAAUGAAGAAGAUCGUAAAUUUUUUUUCAAAACUAAGGGAUCCGACCGUGCUCAAUACUACUCUGUCGUUGACUUGAGUGAGUUUGACGAGUUGGAGGAUGGUUCCUACUAUUAUCCCUGCCGUUGUGGUGAAUUGGGAGGCUAUGUCGUAACGGAAGAGAACUUGGAAAACGAAGAAAGCAUUAUACCUUGCUUGGGAUGCAGUUUGACCAUCCAGGUAGCUUACGAAGUGGUAGAGACGGAUGGGAGUGAGCAGUAA